AUGUCCUCCAGGCUUUGCUUGGCGCGAGCCAACAGAGCUGGCGCUCGAGCUCUUCGAGCGGCCGGAACAUUUCUACGAGCAGCAGGCCCCGGAGCACGUGCCGGAACGCGCCGCCUUUGGACCGCGUGCUUCGGUCCAGGCGGUUGUCGAGCCACUGGCAGGAACCUGCCCAAUUCAGGGCCAGAGCAGCCCAAGCCUCGACCGCAGAGUGCGCCCAGUCGCUUCACUUCAAGGCUGGACACGCUGGAGGACCAAUUGUUGGUUCCACCUUCGCCUGUGAGGCUGCCGGUCGUCGAGCAACAGGAAGAGCUGCCUCAAGCGCAAGCGCGUGCAGGCAGCCGGCGGAGAGGCCGUCACGCUCGAGGCGAGAAGCCCAACUACUCUGCAGGGAUGUGGUGGAAGCGCAGGGAAGAUCCAGGUAAGGACGUCUUUCAGCAGUGGUUGCUCGCCACCGCGGCCAAGGAGCCCCGGGGCGGCGCGGUGCUCACAGAGCCCAUGCUGAAGACCUUGAAGUCGGAGUUGAAGCUCAAGUUUCGGCAGUUCCAAGAGGAGAUGCCCUUCUUCUCUGCUCAGGACCUCUACGAGAAUAAGAUCUUGUUCUCCCACUAUGGGGUGAAGGUCCGAAGCCAGGCUCGCAAGGAGGCGGCGCAGAAAGAGGGGAAGGAGGUGAAGGAGGAGAAGGUGGUGCGGUCCAAGACCCACAGGAGGCCCUCCACGAACCCCACCUUGCUCUCAGUGAAAAGCAUGGCGACCAGGCUUCAGGAUUCACAGAAUGCCAUCCCAGAGACCAAGGAGACCAGGGAGUUCCUUUACAUGCUCCGCAGGGAGCAGGGCAACGAGAUCUACGAGGGUCUCCGGAAGGCCUAUUACCACACCAAGGAGGUACCACCGGAGGCACCACCCACCCGGUCGCAGAGCCACCGGCGACUUUGA